ACAGCUGAUCAGGUGUAUGACCAAAAAUGGUAUAUGCCUCCAAGUGGUGCACAACGAGGCUCUGUAUUAAUUUUGGAUGGUGAUCCACUCACACCUAUAUACCCAUCUACCGAUUACAUGUACCGAUUGAAGGAAGAAAAUGUAAAAUAUUUACCUAAAAUUCCUGCUCAACCUAUUGGUUAUGCUGAAGCUCAAGUUAUUUUACAAUAUCUCGAAGGUAAUGAAGUGCCAGUACAAUGGCGUGGAGCUCUUCCAAAUGUGACAUAUCGUUAUGGAGGAGAACUUCAUAAUGUAUCAACGAUCGAAGUUAAAACAUACAAUAGACUUCAAAGAAAAGAUACAUAUGAUGUGAUUGGAAUAAUGAAAGGAGACAUCGAGCCAGACCGAUAUAUUGUAAUGGGUAACCAUCGAGAUGCUUGGAGUUUAGGUGCGAUUGAUCCAACAAGUGGAACAGCUACUAUGCUAGAAAUAACACGAGUACUUGGUGAAAUGUACAAAAAUGGAUUUCGACCAAGGCGUAGCUUAAUGUUUUGUUCAUGGGGAGCAGAAGAAUAUGGACUUAUUGGAUCAAUGGAAUAUGUUCAGGAAUAUGUUAAAGUUCCAAGUGCCUACGAUGCUCCUGGACAAACUGUCUAUGAUAAAUGGAUGCGUGUUAAUCGAAAUAAUAUAACUGAUGAACCAAAAUUAGCAUACGGUCUUGGUUCAGGUAGUGACUUCUUUAGUUUUGAUCAGUUGGUUGGCUCAUCAAAUAUGGAUGCAAGAUAUACCUACAAUUCAGCUGAGCAAAGAAAUAUAGCUUCACAUCCACUUUAUCACACAUCUUAUGAAGUCUUUUCAAUGAUGAAAAAAUUUGUUGAUCCGGAUUUUACAGCUCAUAGAACAAUGGGACAAUUUAUAGGUGUUCUAGUAUUACUUCUGUCUGAGACACCUGUUUUACAAUUUAAUGUAACACGAUAUACAACGGCACUUAUGCAAGCUAUGAACAAUCUUAAACCAAAUGAUCCUACUAUUCUCGAUCCUCUUCGAAAUGCCAUCAAUGAUUUUGGUAAGACUGCUGAAGAUUUUGUUGCACGAUCGAAAUUAAUGGAUGGAGAAAAUCCAUACGAAAUUCGAUUUUACAAUGAUCAAUUGUUACAACUUGAACGUUCAUUUCUAAAUCCAUUAGGUCAAGGUGGUGAUCAUACUGAUUUUAAACAUAUUGUCUUUGCACCAGCUAAAGAUAAUCAAUAUGCAGCAAGUGGUUUUCCUACUAUCAGUGAUGCUAUUUUUAAUAAUAAUCAAACAGAAAUCGAAUAUCAAGUUGCUAUAGCGACUUAUUUUGUACGUGGUGCUUUAUCUAUAUUAAAAGAUUUUAAUAAUUUUUUUUCAUAA